GCCGCCGAGCGCCAGCCCCCCGGCCGGCCGAUCCCCCCCGCGCCCCCUCCCCGCGCCUCCCUCCCCGCCCUCGCCGCGCCGCCGUCCUCGCCUCCCUCUGCCUCUCCUUCCCCCAUUCUCCCGGAUUAAUUAAGGAGGCAGCGGCAGGAGGCUGAGUCCUGGCCGCGGGCCGGGGCUGGGGCGCCGCUGGCAGGAGCGCUUGGGGAUCCUCCAAGGCGACCAUGGCCUUGCUGGGCAAGCGCUGUGACGUCCCCGCCAACGGCUGUGGACCUGACCGCUGGAACUCUGCCUUCACCCGCAAAGACGAGAUCAUCACCAGCCUCGUGUCUGCCUUAGACUCCAUGUGCUCAGCGCUGUCCAAACUGAACGCCGAGGUGGCCUGUGUUGCCGUGCACGAUGAGAGCGCCUUCGUGGUGGGCACGGAGAAGGGGAGAAUGUUCCUGAAUGCCCGGAAGGAGCUACAGUCAGAUUUCCUCAGGUUCUGCCGAGGGCCCCCGUGGAAGGAUCCGGAGGCAGAGCACCCCAAGAAGGUGCAGCGGGGUGAGGGCAGCGGCCGGAGCCUCCCUCGGUCUUCCCUGGAACACGGCUCAGAUGUGUACCUUCUGCGGAAGAUGGUAGAGGAGGUGUUUGAUGUUCUUUAUAGCGAGGCCCUGGGAAGGGCCAGCGUGGUGCCGCUGCCCUACGAGAGGCUGCUCAGGGAGCCAGGGCUGCUGGCUGUGCAGGGGCUGCCGGAGGGCCUGGCCUUCCGGAGGCCAGCUGAGUAUGACCCCAAGGCCCUCAUGGCCAUCCUGGAACAUAGCCACCGCAUCCGCUUCAAGCUCAAGAGGCCACUUGAGGAUGGCGGGCGGGACUCGAAGGCCCUGGUGGAGCUGAAUGGUGUCUCCCUGAUACCCAAGGGGUCACGGGACUGUGGCCUGCAUGGCCAGGCCCCCAAGGUGCCACCCCAGGACCUGCCCCCCACCGCCACCUCCUCCUCCAUGGCCAGCUUCCUGUACAGCACGGCGCUCCCCAACCACGCCAUCCGAGAGCUCAAGCAGGAAGCACCUUCCUGCCCCCUUGCCCCCAGCGACCUGGGCCUGAGCCGGCCCAUGCCAGAGCCCAAGGCCACUGGUGCCCAAGACUUCUCCGACUGUUGUGGACAGAAGCCCACCGGGCCUGGUGGGCCUCUCAUCCAGAACGUCCAUGCCUCCAAGCGCAUUCUCUUCUCCAUCGUCCAUGACAAGUCAGAGAAGUGGGACGCCUUCAUAAAGGAAACCGAGGACAUCAACACGCUCCGGGAGUGUGUGCAGAUCCUGUUUAACAGCAGAUAUGCGGAAGCCCUGGGCCUGGACCACAUGGUCCCCGUGCCCUACCGGAAGAUUGCCUGCGACCCGGAGGCUGUGGAGAUUGUGGGCAUCCCGGACAAGAUCCCCUUCAAGCGCCCCUGCACUUACGGAGUCCCCAAGCUGAAGCGGAUCCUGGAGGAGCGUCAUAGCAUCCACUUCAUCAUUAAGAGAAUGUUUGAUGAGCGAAUUUUCACAGGGAACAAGUUUACCAAAGACACCACGAAGCUGGAGCCAGCCAGCCCGCCAGAGGACACCUCUGCAGAGGUCUCUAGGGCCACCGUCCUUGACCUUGCUGGAAAUGCUCGGUCAGACAAGGGCAGCAUGUCUGAAGACUGCGGGCCAGGAACCUCCGGGGAGCUGGGCGGGCUGAGGCCUAUCAAAAUUGAGCCAGAGGAUCUGGACAUCAUUCAGGUCACCAUCCCAGACCCCUCGCCAACCUCUGAGGAAAUGACAGACUCAAUGCCUGGGCACCUGCCAUCAGAGGAUUCUGGUUAUGGGAUGGAGAUGCUGACAGACAAAGGCCUGAGCGAGGACCCACGGCCUGAGGAGAGGCCCGUAGAGGACAGCCACGGUGAUGUGAUCCGGCCCCUGCGGAAGCAGGUGGAGCUGCUCUUCAACACACGAUAUGGUGAGCAAGAAGUGGGACAGGGUUGGGGGCAUCCCGGCCCGCCUCCAGCUGCCCUGUUUGCAGAAGGGCUUUGGACCUAUCCCCUUGCCUCUUCCCAUCCCAGCUGCUCUCUGGGCAGGGACAAGGGAGGGAGGGAAGAGAGGAGCCGCCUGCUCCAAUCCCAGGCAGCGACAAUUGUCCAGUGUCCGGGGAGCAGGAGUGAGAUAUCAGAUGGACCCGUUCAGGACUGGGCGGGUCUCACUCCUGGCUGGAUCCUUCAAGCCCAGCGCAGCCCCCUAGAUUCCACAUGUGGAGCGGCAGGGACUCCAGGCCUGAACUGUGCAGAGCCAGGAAGGUCCACUGCAGGGAUGUGCAGACCGAGGCCCAGAGGGGAGGGCUGGGCAGUCCCAGAGACGCUUGGAGGGACAUCUGUGAUAGCCCCGCUUGUGUUUUCCAGGCCCGAGCUGCUCACUGAGGGAGUCCAAGAGCCCAUCGUGGAGAGUCAAGAGAGGGAUUCCGGGGACCCUCUGGUGGACGAGAACCUGAAGAGACAGGGCUUUCAAGAAAAUUACGACGCGAGGCUGUCACGGAUCGACAUCGCCAACACGCUAAGGGAGCAGGUCCAGGACCUUUUCAAUAAGAAAUACGGGGAAGCCUUGGGUAUCAAGUACCCGGUCCAGGUCCCCUACAAGCGGAUCAAGAGUAACCCUGGCUCCGUGAUCAUUGAGGGGCUGCCCCCGGGAAUCCCGUUCCGAAAGCCCUGCACCUUCGGCUCCCAGAACCUGGAGAGGAUUCUUGCCGUGGCCGACAAGAUCAAGUUCACAGUCACCAGGCCUUUCCAAGGACUCAUCCCAAAGCCUGAUGAAGAUGAUGCCAACAGACUCGGGGAAAAGGUGAUCCUGCGGGAGCAGGUGAAGGAACUCUUCAACGAGAAAUACGGUGAGGCCCUGGGCCUGAACCGGCCGGUGCUGGUCCCUUAUAAACUAAUCCGGGACAGCCCAGACGCGGUGGAGGUCACGGGCCUGCCUGAUGACAUCCCCUUCCGGAACCCCAACACCUAUGACAUCCACCGGCUGGAGAAGAUCCUGAAGGCCCGAGAGCACGUCCGCAUGGUGAUCAUUAACCAGCUCCAACCCUUUGCAGAAAUCUGCAAUGAUGCCAAGGUGCCAGCCAAAGACAGCAGCAUUCCCAAGCGCAAGAGAAAGCGGGUCUCGGAAGGAAAUUCCGUCUCCUCUUCCUCCUCGUCUUCCUCUUCCUCGUCCUCUAACCCGGAUUCAGUGGCAUCGGCCAAUCAGAUCUCACUCGUGCAAUGGCCAAUGUACAUGGUGGACUAUGCCGGCCUGAACGUGCAGCUCCCGGGACCUCUUAAUUACUAGACCUCAGUACUGAAUCAGGACCUCACUCAGAAAGACUAAAGGAAAUGUAAUUUAUGUACAAAGUGUAUAUUCGGAUAUGUAUCGAUGCCUUUUAGUUUUUCCAAUGAUUUUUACACUAUAUUCCUGCCACCAAGGCCUUUUUAAAUAAGUAAAAAAA